AUGGUGCUCAACACCAAUCCAGAACCGUCCAGCAAUGACGAGUCCAUGGACAUGCCCGGCCCUCGCACAACCCCGGAGCCAGAGAAACCUCCCGAGAAGCCCGGUAUUUUCAAUUUCAACGCCAGCAACCCUCGCUUCGUCCCUGGCUACUCCGUCCUCCGCGUAGAACAAGCCAAAUACACAUCCGACGAGAAAGACAAGACACGGCUGGUAAACUCCAUCGUCGACGACCUCAUCGCCAGCAUCAGCCUCAUCAAUCAGUACCACCAAGCCGGCAUACUGAGCAACGACAACAUCUUCCAAUUCUCCACCAUGCUGCAACACAUCGACAACAACAAUACAAAAUUGCAAGAGCGGUGGGACGAGAAGAUUGCCUACCUAAGACAAGACCGACACCAGUUACGACAGCACUACCGGGACUUGGUGCGGCAGAUGGACGCCAUGGGCCAGAAAUAUGCGGCCAGGGUCAAGGCGCUGGAGGGCCAGGUGAUGGCCCUCAAGAAGCGGCUUGCCUGGGUGGAGGCAGGAGGGUUACUGCGCCUGUCACCGAGCCGCCUGAAUGGCCAUGUCAAUCGCCGAUGUGUCUCGGAGGAUCUGAUCAGGCGUGAGGGCCACGGUGAGCAGAAGGGGAUGGCCGGGGACGAUGCGGAUGGUGAGUGGGAGCAAGAGAGUAUCUACGGAGAUGCCAAAGAAUGA